GCAGCCUCCUGUAUGUGGCCAUAUGCAGCAGCGGCGGCACUGAGAGGAGCAUGAAUGGAGCAAAAUGGCGGAUCAUGUGCAGAGCCUAGCGCAGCUCGAGAUCCUGUGUAAGCAGCUGUACGAGACGACGGAUACGAGUACACGGCUCCAGGCUGAGAAGGCUCUGGUGGAGUUCACCAACAGUCCCGACUGUCUGAGUAAAUGCCAACUGCUGCUGGAGAGAGGAAGUUCCUCUUAUUCCCAGCUGCUUGCAGCUACGUGUCUUUCCAAACUGGUGUCGCGCACGAGCAACCCGCUACCCCUGGAGCAGCGCGUCGACAUCCGUAAUUACGUCCUGAACUAUCUGGCGACGCGGCCGAAGCUGGCGGCGUUCGUCACCCAGGCUCUGAUUCAGCUCUACGCCAGAAUCACCAAACUCGGCUGGUUCGACUGUCAGAAGGAGGAUUAUGUUUUCAGGAACGUCAUCGUGGACGUCACCAGGUUCCUGCAGGACAGUGUUGAGCACUGCAUUAUCGGGGUGACCAUCCUCUCCCAGCUCACCAAUGAGAUUAACCAAGCUGAUACCACACAUCCUCUCACCAAACACAGGAAGAUCGCCUCGUCGUUCAGGGACUCGUCUCUGUUCGACAUCUUCACCCUGUCCUGUAAUCUGCUCAAACAGGCGUCGGGGAAGAACCUGAACCUGAACGAUGAAGGUCAGCACGGCCUGCUGAUGCAGCUGCUGAAACUCGCCCACAACUGCCUUAACUUCGACUUCAUCGGCACGUCCACGGACGAGUCGUCCGACGACCUGUGCACCGUCCAGAUCCCCACCAGCUGGAGAUCAGCUUUUUUAGAUUCUUCAACCCUGCAGCUCUUCUUUGAUCUUUACCAUUCCAUCCCUCCAUCACUCUCACCCCUGGUUCUGUCAUGUUUAGUUCAGAUCGCGUCGGUACGGCGUUCGCUUUUCAACAACGCAGAGCGAGCUAAAUUCCUCUCGCAUCUAGUGGACGGAGUCAAGAGAAUACUGGAGAAUCCACAGAGUUUAUCGGACCCGAACAACUACCACGAGUUCUGCCGCCUGCUGGCCAGACUGAAGAGCAACUACCAGCUGGGAGAACUGGUGAAGGUGGAGAACUACCCCGAGGUCAUCAGGCUCAUCGCCAACUUCACCGUCACCAGCUUACAGCACUGGGAGUUUGCGCCCAACAGCGUUCACUACCUGCUGAGCCUGUGGCAGCGGUUAGCUGCGUCGGUGCCCUACGUUAAAGCUACAGAGCCACACAUGCUGGAGACCUUCACACCUGAAGUGACCAAAGCUUACAUCACAUCCCGCCUGGAGUCGGUCCACAUCAUCCUCAGGGACGGCAUGGAGGAUCCGCUGGACGACGCCGGUCUGGUGCAGCAGCAGCUCGAUCAGCUCUCCACUAUCGGACGCUGCGAGUACGAGAAGACCUGCGCGCUGCUCGUCCAGCUCUUCGACCAAUCAGCUCAGUCCUAUCAGGAGCUCCUCCAAUCAAGCUCCAGUACCAUGGAUGCUGCGGUGCAGGAGGGCCGGUUGACGUGGUUGGUGUACAUCAUCGGUGCCGUUAUCGGCGGCAGGGUUUCCUUUGCCAGCACAGAUGAGCAGGACGCGAUGGACGGAGAACUCGUGUGUCGGGUUCUGCAGCUGAUGAACCUGACGGACUCUCGGCUGGCUCAGGCCGGGAACGAGAAGUUGGAGCUCGCCAUGCUCAGCUUCUUCGAACAGUUCCGCAAGAUCUACAUCGGAGACCAGGUGCAGAAAUCCUCCAAGCUCUACCGGAGGCUGUCGGAAGUUUUGGGACUGAACGACGAGACGAUGGUGCUCAGUGUGUUCAUCGGCAAAAUAAUCACCAAUCUGAAGUACUGGGGUCAGUGUGAACCCAUCACGUCUAAAACGCUGCAGCUCCUGAACGACCUCUCCAUCGGGUACAGCAGCGUGAGGAAGCUGGUGAAGCUCAGCGCCGUCCAGUUCAUGCUGAACAACCACACGAGCGAGCACUUCUCCUUCCUGGGCGUGAACAAUCAGUCCAACCUGAGCGACAUGCGGUGCAGGACGACGUUCUACACGGCGUUAGGGCGCCUCCUCAUGGUGGAUCUGGGUGAGGACGAGGACCAGUUCGAGCAGUUCAUGCUCCCUCUGACGGGGGCGUUCGAGACUGUCGCUCAGAUGUUCAGCACCAACACCUUCAACGAGCAGGAGGCCAAGAGGACGUUGGUGGGGUUGGUGAGGGAUCUGAGAGGAAUCGCCUUCGCCUUUAAUGCCAAAACCAGCUUCAUGAUGCUCUUCGACUGGAUUUACCCGUCCUACAUCCCCAUCCUACAGCGAGCGAUCGAGCUGUGGUACCACGUCCCCGCCUGCACCACACCGGUACUCAAGCUCAUGGCCGAGCUCGUCCACAACAGGUCUCAGAGGUUACAGUUCGACGUGUCCUCGCCCAACGGGAUCCUGCUGUUCAGAGAGACCAGCAAGAUGAUCACCACGUACGGGAACCGCAUCCUGACCCUGGGCGAGUUACCGAAGGAGCAGGUCUACGCUCUGAAGCUGAAGGGAAUCUCCAUCUGCUUCUCCAUGCUGAAGGCCGUGCUGAGCGGGAACUACGUCAACUUCGGCGUCUUCCGUCUCUACGGGGACGACGCGCUGGACAACGCUCUCCAGACCUUCAUCAAACUGCUGCUGUCCAUCCCACACAGCGACCUCCUGGAUUACCCGAAGCUCAGUCAGUCCUAUUACUCCCUGCUGGAGGUUCUAACACAGGAUCACAUGAACUUCAUCGCCAGCCUGGAGCCUCACGUCGUCCUCUACAUCCUCUCGUCCAUCUCAGAGGGGCUCACAGCCCUCGAUACGAUGGUCUGUACGGGCUGCUGUUCCAGUCUGGAUCACAUCGUGACGUAUCUGUUCAAGCAGCUCUCGCGCAGCACGAAGAAGAGGGCGACGCCCAUGGCGCAGGAGAGCGACCGCUUCUUCCACAUCAUGCAGCAGCACCCCGAGAUGAUCCAGCAGAUGCUCUCGACUGUGCUGAACAUCAUCAUAUUCGAGGACUGUCGGAACCAGUGGUCCAUGUCCCGGCCGCUGCUCGGCCUCAUCCUGCUAAACGAGAAGUACUUUGCAGAUCUGAGGAACAGCAUAGUGAACAGUCAGCCUCCAGAGAAGCAGCAGGCCAUGCACUUAUGCUUCGAGAACCUGAUGGAGGGCAUCGAGCGCAACCUGCUCACUAAGAACCGCGACAGGUUCACGCAGAAUCUUUCAGUAUUCCGGAGAGAGGUGAACGACUCCAUGAAGAAUUCCACGUACGGCGUCAACAGCAACGACAUGAUGAGCUGACAUUCCACUCCGCCACGGGAAGCGCCCACUCGACUCGACCCCGCCCCCUUCCUGCCCUCGCUCCCUUUUUAUAUAAACACAUAUAAAUAUAUACAGAUUUUAAAGCCAGUGUCAGAACCCGGACGUGCACGGGAGUGAGGGGGCGGGGCGGGCGGAGGUGUGUGUGUGUGUGUGUGUGUGUGUGUGUGAGAGUGUGUGAGGAGAGCAUGUACAGAGUAAUGGAUGUGAUCUAGAUGAAGGUCUCGGAUGAUACCAGGUUGUAGUGUGUUGAGACUUGGGAGACAGGACGGGAGGACAGGGUGCACGUUUUUGAGG